AUGACAAUAGAAGAUCCAGACCUUGAGGCUGGGAAAAAUAUUGAUGUUGACGAACUACUAGCGUCAUUUACAAUUGACUUACCUGAUGAACACACUGAUCCUGAGAAAUCUCUACGCAAAGAGUUAUUAUCACUUAAGCAAAUGAGAAGAACCCUGACUGAUAUUGACCAUGAAGUUAAGAAGUGUGAACGUAAAGAAGAAAAGUCGAGAGCUAUGAAACCAAGGGAAAAAGCUAAAGAAGAAGCCAUGAAGCUUCUUAAGUCAGGAGCAAUAUCAAUUGAGAAUAAAAAUGAGCGUCAUACAUUUAAACGUAAACCUAAGGAAAGUGAAGAAGAUGAAGUACCCGGACCUAACGUGAACCCGAAGGUGAAACAGUCACUCUACCGCAAUUUUCUACCUGGUCCAAUACUUAACGCGUUGGUACCUGAGGAGAAAAGAAUAGAUGUCUUAUCUAACUAUAAAGCGGCCACUUGUGAAGGAAACUGUACGGAUGCUUCCGAGACCUUACAAACUAAGAGAAAACAGCAGUUCAACCUUCUACUAGAUGACAAAAAUUUGGAUACGGAUCAAAUAUCGGAUGUUUCAGAUUCCUGCAAUUUCGAUCAGUCACAUCCUCCGAACCGACCAACACACUCUACCUUAUAUGUUGGGUAUCAUAAUAUCACUGAACCUUUUAUUCAUGAUGUUUUCAAGCCUUAUGGUACCGUUGUAAGGAUUAGGAUUGGUAAUCCCUCCAACCAUGCCUACGUUACAAUGGCUACGAAUCAAAUGGCCCAAAAUGCAUUGAAGCUGGAUCACCAAAUGGUAAGCAAUCGUCUUUUGCGUGUUUCGUAUGCUCGAAGACCUUUCCACGUGAAACCUUUUUCACCUACAAAAUAUAGUCCAUAUCGAUCAUUUCGAAAAACAGAUUCCUGUAACUCAAAUGAAGAGCCUUCGAACAAAAUAUCAUGCGAACUUAAUCGAGACCUAGUUACUUAUGAGGACUUGUAUUCUGACAAAUGA